CUUCUCUAGACUUUCUAUUUUCUGAUUGCGUUGUUGUCGAGAAAACUCAGCGAAAUUAUUGGUUUUCCUGCACAAUUUACUGUUACGAAGAUCACACUUGGUAUAGAAUUCCGCCUCUGACAAGGAUUCGCACAAGCAGCAGCAGCAGCAGAAGCGAGGCAGAAAAUCGAAGAGACCCGCGAUGGCCGAAGUGGAGAAACCAACGGUGGUGGCCACGCCCCCGACCGACAUCCCCCAGGCCGCCACGCCACCAGCGGCCAGUGAGGCGGCGGCUGUGACGCCCACAACGGAUGCCACCGGUGAUGUGGAGCCGGGCACCUCGCCCACCCAGGAGCCCAACUCGAAUUCGCACCCACACGACUCGGAGUACGACACGGCCAGCGAUCUGGAAGGCGGUGAAGAUUACGACGACGAGGAGAGUGCCAGCGGCAGUGCCAGUGGCAGCGGAAGUGAGGAGGAGGAGUCGGAAACCGAUGACGAGGACGAGGAGGUGGGCAGCGAAACGGAUGACGGCGAGGGGGAGCAAGCCAUGGACCGCUCUGUCGCCGACAGCGAGGCUCAGAAGAAGGUAGACGAGGACCGCAGCAAUCCCCAGUACAUCCCCAAGCGGGGAACUUUUUACGAGCACGACGACCGAACGGCGGAGAACGAGGGCGAAGUCCUCAUCGAGCCGGAAAACGGAGCUGGCCAGGCGCCGGCGGAGCCCAAUGGCGAACUCAAUGGGUUGGCGGCGGCGGGAGCCACUCCCACUGGCCAACCACAGAUCUCACAGGCAUCAAAGACUAUGCGCAAGUGGCAGCCGGCGUCAGGUGGGGAUCGCUGGUCCCACGAUCGCUUUGAGGCCACAGAGCAGGCGCCCAAAUCCCGGGCCGAGCUGCUGCAGACGUACGGCUACGACAUAAGGAACGAGGAUGCUCCGCCUCGAGCCAGACGUCGCCGGCGAUAUACUCGUGGUCCGAGUAAAUACUCAAGGAACUGGGAGGACGAACAGGCCUACCUGAAGGCGAGCAAUAAGGAACGCAAGCCGCCAAGGCCACAGGACUUCCCGGCCCUCAACGAGAGGAAGCCACGUGGUCCAAGAACCUCCUCCUCGCGCGAGGAGAAGGAGAACCGACGGUCUGGCGGUCCCGGAGGCUUGGUAGCAGAGAAACAACAGCCAUUGGCCAGUGGCUCAAAUCCGCACAGAUCCCAGGAGCGUGAACGUGAGCGGGAAAGGGAGCGGGAACGUGAUCGCGAGCCCAAGAACCGCAACUUUGGACGGAUGAAUGGCGGGCCAGGACGUCAGAACGGAAUGGAGUUCAAGAAGAACAACCGCGGACAGCAGCCACGAGAGCGCGAGAGGGGUCCUGACCAACUGGACAAUCGCAACCAGAAGCAAACCACUCCACGCUCCAACCAGCAACAGCCGCAGCAGCAACCUCAGCACCAACAACAGCCGCAACAGCAGCGACAGCCGCCCCAGCAACAGCAGCCUCCUCAGACGCCGCUCUCCACGACAAACCUCUCGCAGCGACUGCAGCAGGUGCAGCAGCGCAACGAUCCCAGUCAUGUGGGCAGUGUCCAAAUGCACUCUCUGGCCAAUCAAAGUCAGCCGCCGCAGCAGCAGCAACAGCCACUGCACCAGGAGCAGAGAAACGCGCCCAAGCGCUACUCCAGUUUACGUCGUUCCCAGCAGGAGGCCUCACAGCACUUGGCGGAACAACAGCAGCAACAACAGAUGCAGCAACAGUUGCACCUGCAACAGCAACAGCAAUCGCAGAUCAUGAUUCAGGACCCACACGUUUUGAUGCAGAUCGCCUAUCAGCAACAGGAGCUGCAGGCCCAACUGCAGACCAUGCAACUGGGACCACCCACUGCCGCAGGAGCAGUGCCAACGCCACCAAAGCCCCAUGCCCCACCGGCAGCCGCAUACCCGCAGGCGCAGGCGGCUCCUUACUAUGUGACCGGAGCGGAGCCAGUGCCUGUGCCAGUGUCCGUGCCCCAGGCCCCGUAUGUGACGGCCAGUGCUGCUUACUUGCCAACCACUCCGGCCGCCGUGGCCUACGCCCAAGCGGCGCCAUCGGUGGUGCCUCAACCGACUCCGCCGCCCGCCCAGGCUCCGACCGCAACGCAGCCAGCACAGCCUUACCAGAACUACAACACGGUGGGUGGCACUACCUACUUUGUGCCGCCGGCCCAAACCGCCAGCCGACCAGCUGCUCUGCCCCAGCGUCGUCCCACCAACGCGAUCCCCAUCCUGCCGCCUUCCGAGAAGCACAAGGGCAAGGGCGGAGCCAAGGAGGAGGGCAUUUCGGACAACAUCGAUCACAUUAUCGACAACAUGUUCGUGCAGCGACCAUCGGCCUUCCAGGCCACCGGAGAGGGUGCCGCUCCGGGUGGAGGAUCCAAGGAUGAGGUGGCAGCUACUCCCCCGGCUACCGAGCAGAACCUCCAGCCGGUGCCGGCCACUGGGCAGGAAUGAGUGCAGGUCGCCGGCUUGCCGACGCAACAGCAGCAGCAGCAUAGACGAGGUCAACGGAUCGCUCCUCCUCAAUCCUCCGGAUACUCAAUGCUGCCGCCGCACGCUGGCUACUACCGACCUCCGCCCCCGCCGCACUAGUGCGAACAGACCAGCUCCACACUCAGCUCAUCUGACGAUUUUUUUUCCCCAUUCUGUCCUCGGGUCUGCGACCCCGAAGCACUGCAUAAAUUGUAGAACUGCAGUAAGAACCAUUUGUAAUUAGCAUUUAGCUCCCAGAUAAUCGAACUUACUAACGAAAAGUUUUCGUAUAUAGACGAGUAUAUAUAUAAUCCGGCGCAAGCUCCAAUUAAUUUGUAUGUAGUAUCUAGGGCCAGCUGCGGCGCUCGCUUAUUAAGUCGAAUGAGAAAAAGUGUUGAACGUAUCCAAGCGGCUGGGCGCUUAGCUUAUUUAGCCGCAUUUUAGAGUUGAAACAAAAGAAUUACCGAGAGAAAUGUAUUUGCGUAAACUAAUCGAUCAUUGAAUUUAAAUAAACGUUUAACACGAA